UGAUCGUCCAACACAGUCUCCAUUUCGUCACCAUGGACAUGCCAUCCGAUCAACCGAGUGAUAUCUACGGCACCUUUGACGGCCACCAGAUCCAUGACGAAACCUUGACAAGAGUGUCAGAUCCGUCUUCUCGGAAACCCACUCUACUUCGAUUUGUUAGCUUGGUUGUCGUACUGCUGGUCGCUGGGUAUGCUACUACUUCUGAGUUCCAGGGGAUGCAAAGCACCAAUUCACUUGUGGAAUUCCGUGAUGAAUACGACGCGAGCAGCGGGAACAAUCCGUUAUACCACAAUGUGGCACUCGAGACGGCGCUGAAUGAUGUCGAACACCAACUUGUUGAUGGUGUGGACGCUGCGCAUAUCCGAGAGUAUCUUCACGAGUACUCCAAGAAACCCCACAUCGCUGGGUCCAAGGCGGAUUACGAGACGGCGCUGUACACGGUGGAGCAAUUUGAGUCGUUCGGUAUCAAGACAGAGAUCAAGGAAUACUACACACUACUAUCCACUCCUAUUCGUCGUCGUCUUGCGAUUGUGGAGCCCAAGGAAGCCGCACAAGAGCUCAAUCUGACAGAGGCAUCAGUAGCUGGAGACUCGUGCACCGUGGACCCCACCGCAGAGCCGCCGUUCUUAGCGUACUCUCCGUCUGGAAAUGUUACGGCUCCUGUAGUGUACGCAAACUACGGAUCGCAGCAAGAUUUCCAGUGGCUGGUGGAUGAGGGGAUCGACCUUAAGGGGAAAAUCGCAUUGGUGCGUUACGGUACAAACUAUCGCGGACUGAAGGUGCUCUCCGCUCUGGAGCAUGAAAUGGCCGGAGUACUCAUCUACUCAGACCCUCUGGACGACGGGUUUGGAAAGGGUCCAGUGUAUCCGGAGGGUCCUUGGCGUCCGGAAAACUCAUUCCAGCGUGGAUCCAUCUACAAUGAGUGUGGAGACCCAUUAACUCCAGGAUGGGCUUCAAUUCUCGGGACAAAGUACCUUAACUAUGAAGAUGUCAAGACGAUUCCGCACUUACCGUCCCUGCCUCUUUCAUACGGACAAGCCCAACAUAUUCUCAAGACAUUGAAAGGUAGACAAGCACCGGCGAGUUGGCAGGGUGGCCUGUCAUUCCCUAAUGGCUACCACAUUGGGGAUGAUAGUUCAACCGUGAUGAACUUAGAUUUGGAGAUGGAUAACGCUAUUGGACCUAUCUGGGACGUUAUCGGCACUAUCGAAGGCUCAGAGGAGCCGGAAAAGCAAGUUAUCCUAGGCAACCACCGCGAUGCGUGGGUCUGUGGCGCUAUUGAUCCCAACAGCGGCACUUCAGUUCUCGUGGAAUUGGGUCGAGUGUUUGGAAACAUGCUUAAAGCAGGAUGGAGACCCAAGCGCACGAUUGUUCUUGCGUCUUGGGAUGCUGAGGAGCAAGGACUGCUAGGCAGUACAGAAUAUGUCGAAGAGAACGCCGACAAGUUGAGAGCUAAGGUCAUCGCGUAUCUUAACGUCGAUACCACGCUGGGUCCACUAGCCGGAGCUGGAGGCUCGCCUUCUAUUGCCAAACUUCUCUUCCAGACUGCGAACGCUAUCCCUGCCAAUGACUUUGGCGGAGUUUCAGUUGAGCAGAAGACUCUUUAUCAUCAAUGGCUCGCACAAACUGAAAGCUAUCGUCGAAGCAACGCUACAUCGGGAACUAUUGGGCCAGAUCAUCUUUUGACGGUGUUAGGAACAGCAAGUGAUUUUGGUGCCUUCUGUCACCAUUUGGGUGUCGUGUCUGCAAAUAUUGGGUUUAGUCUGUCUGGUGCUUACGGUACUUACCACAGCACAAUGGAUAGUAUCAUGUACUCGGAGCUGUUCGCAGAUCCAGACUAUAUCUCGCACGUGACGACAGGACGUUGGUGGGGGUUGUUAGCUCUGCGUUUGGCUGAUAACGCGGUACUUCCGUUCGAGUUCUCGACGUAUGGCCUUGUGAUGAGCGAAGCGGUUGCGUCGUUCGAAGAGCAACUUAAAGUGGCAGCGGAACGCUAUCUUGGCGUUGAUAAAGUUGACUUGGGAGAGCUACGACGCGCUGUUGACAAUUUUGAUGCAAGCGCUCAGGAAUUUCACGAAAACCUGGCGUCUUUAAAGUCUGGCGACGAUCUCAGCUAUUGGAAUAAUAAACUCAUGUACUUGGAACGCCAUCUCACUAUGGAGGCAGGACUGCCACAUCGCAGCUGGUACAAGCACGUCGUGUUCGGCCCGGGAUUCUACGAUGGCUACGGCGGCACAGCCUUCCCCGGUCUGGCUGAUGGAAUUGCAUUCCAUGACAGCGCUGAGGAUAUCCAGACGCACGUCGACGACGUCGUUAAGGUGCUGGGCGGAGCUGCAGCAUUCCUACAAUCAAAGUAGCAUCAGAACUCCCACACGUGAGUAUAGAUACUCGAAGGUUCUUGGUGGCAUGCUCAAUUAAAAGCAAACUUGAUAACUGUA